AUGAGUCGAAGAACAAAGCAUCUAGAGAAGGUGAAAGUGAGAUCCGCUGUUGGUUUGCCAGAGUAUGAUCUGCAUCAGAAAGCAAGACAAGAUGCAGAUGAUAGUGCCUUGGUCCAAGAAAAGUCUUUGCGAAAUCGGCAUAGGCAGAGUAUGAAGGCGAAUGCAGCUAAAGUUGAUGAGCUUGUCAAGCACAUGUCAAACUUGCCUGGUUAUCUUCAGCGCCCUGAGAGAGGAGAGAACGUCAAAGAAAAGGCGUUGAAUGUUGGUGUUCUGGAUUGGGCUCAGCUAGAAAAAUGGAAGCACAAGCAGAAACAUCCCCCAGAAAAAGGUAGCAAUAGUUUAUUGAGCAGUAGCCGAAUUUCAUCCUUGGAAAAGACUAUUGGAUCAUCUACAUCAUCUGAUCUGGUUCGCACUGGGACACAACACUCCUCGCGCUGUUCCAAUCUCAAGUCAUCUCAAAAGGAAGGCCUUUCUCAGGGUGCCAAACCAUCUAUCCAGAAAGAUGUGCGCUUUCAAGACUCUAAAACUGCUUCGAAGAAUGCCAUUCAUGGGCACAAAAAGAUACCCUUCCCCUAUGGGUCUCGUGGAAGAAACCACUCAGAUAUAAUGGUUGAUAAGGGAAAGGGAAAAGAUUCAGGUCAGAAGAUCACUUCAGAAAUGGGAAAUGCGGCAGCAAACUUGAAAAGUUACCGAGUCUCACUCCGUCAAAAGGAAGAGGUUAGCACUUGGGAUGGUCAAGCUAAGAAUACCAAGGAGUUGCAAGAAUCAGAUAUCAAGAGGAAGAAUAUUGAUCGAAGAAUUAUUUCGGAAUAUCACGAGGGAGCUAUGUCGUCCAACUUGGGAAGAUAUGAUGUCUCACUCAGUUCAAAAGGAAAGGCAAUUGCUUCCGAUGGUAAAACUGAGAAAAAGAUGGAGGAGUUGCAGAAACCAGAUAUCAAUCUAUGUCAUCAGCGUUUCCCUGUUGAGGAGAAUACCACUGUUCUUUCUCCACCAAAGGAAUUGCCCCAAAAUGGCUUUACAGAGGUACUGGAGCUUUCAAAACCAAGAGCAUCACGGGAUGAGCGUGUGACAGAAGCUAAAGGGAUUAGCUUCUCAGGUGGCUUUUCUACCAAGGAGAUGGACUUUGCAGAACUCUGUUCUGAAGUUCCACACUCAUGCCCACUGCCUUCUGGAGUUGAGUUUAAUAAAGUGUCAAACAUGAUGUCAAGUGGCUCAAUCAACAGUAACAGUAUGGGGCCUUCCUUUGUUCCAUCUCACAUGCGCUCAUGCUCAAAAGGAACACAAGACCUGCUAUAUGAAGAUAAAUUUAUAGAGAAGAAAAAUUCAGAGAAAAAGCUUACCCGUUCAAGUUUUGAUGCUUCAAAAAUAUCAGAUCAAGAAGAGCUGGCAACUAGAAAUGGCAGAAACCCAACUCCCAAUCGCCGAUUUAGCUUCAGCUUAGGUCGGCUUGGUAGAAGUUUCAGUUUUAAGGAAAGUUCAGAUAUUCCACAGUUAAGUUCCACAUAUGUGACAGUCAAAUCAGGUCCUGUGAGAUCUGGAACUUCUGAUUGUCCAGAUAAUCCAAACAGAGAGAAGGCAAGUAGUCAUAAUAGAGCUAGGUCAAGCCCAUUAAGAAGGUUACUAGACCCAAUACUGAAGCACAAGGAGGCAAAUCCACACCAUUCUGUUGAAGCUGUUAAACCCUUGAAAGCAAAUUUUAAUUCCUUUGUCCCCAGGCCAAUCAAUGUCAGUGACUCGUUACAAGCUGCGAAGAGUGAGGCAUCAUGGGUUCAAGCUUUUUUGCAAUUAACAAUCAAGAACGGACUUCCUUUGUUUAAAUUUUGGGUUGACAACAACAGCAGCUGUCUUGCAGUAACCACGAAAUUCUUCUCAUCUGGAAAGGAUGAUGUAGUCCAAUAUUUUACAUUUUACUCUGUUAAUGAAAUCAAGAGAAAAAUUGGUGGCUGGAUGAGCCAAGGAAAACUUCAGUAA